GACACAUUUUUUUAAACAAUCUACUCUCGUGCUUCGAGCUUCUGUCUCGUGAGCUUUAUUAUAAUAAUAAGCUAAAUCUUGAAAAAAGGAACCAUUCUUCUGAACAGCGGAGGCAGAACUUGAGUUCACUAGUAGUUCUUUACAUCUGCAUUUCCUCUUUCUUUCAAGCAUUGGAUCGGUUUCUAUAAGUUUUCAUUGUAGUCAUCAAGAAGAAGAUAAAGAAGAAGAAGAAGAAGAAGAAGAAGAAGAGCAUUGUGGAUUUUUUUUAAUGGAGAAAGAGAUUUGUGCAAGACAUCUUUCAAGAGAAGGGACAGGAUGUGUUUGGUUGUUUAUGAACAUGUUUGAUCUCAGACAUGGUGGAUCUAACCAUAAGCUUUUGAUGGAUAAGAAACGUGGAAGCAAACGAAUCUUAGAUAUUGAGACUAAGGUGGAGAAGCAGCUAACCUGUGACUGUGAGAAGAGUGUCAAGAAACUUAUUGAAGAGGAGAUUGAUGAGAAGACUCAUCAAAGGUGUGAUACUACUGAAUGCAGAGGAAAGACAAAGGCCAGAAACGAGAAGAGGAGAAGUAGAACCUGCAGCAAAGCCAGUGAUGAUGAAGACCAUGCAGAGAAUCAAUGUCCAAGAACUUCUCAGAUUGAUGCUGAUUCAAUAAAUGAUGAUUCAGAAGAGAAGUUCAGUGAGUUGAUAAGGCGGUUGAUAGAUCAGAAGGAAAGCGAGGUAGAGAGCUGCAAGAACCUUGUGGAUGAUGAUGAUGAUUCUAAAGAAGAAUCAUUCCUAAACAUUGGAACUUCACCAAACAAAGAGACAAGCUCUCCAAGUGAAAGCAGAGCACAAACAAUUGUAGUUUUGAAACCUGAGCCAAACUGCUUGAAUAUCGGUUCAUCACCUGGAAGAAACAAGGCCAAGAACGAGAGAUUCGGCUCUCGCUUCAUUCUCAGUAGAAUCAGAAGAAGACUAACACCUGCAAAGAAUCCAUGCAAUGCUCAACAUGAAUCUGAUCAAGAUCCAGAUGCAUUGUCGUCUACCAUGAGUCAAAACUCUUGUUUGGAAGAUGGAGAAAUAUUGCCUGACAAUUCUUCAAAAAGUGAGGCUAAUGAAGAAGAUACUAACCAAGGAAGAGAAGAUUCGAAGAAGAGUAUGUGUGGUAUAUACAUUGCAGCCAAGAAACAUCUAUCUGAAAUGCUUGCAGAAGGAGACAUGAAUGUUGAUUUGCCGGAUAAGGAAGUACCAAGACUCUUAGGGAAGAUUCUUGCUCUCCCUCAGUUCUCCACACCGGAUUACACUCCAAGAAUGACACUGGCACAUGACUUUGUUGGUCACCAGAUAACCGAGAAACCGAAUAUCCAACAAUGCAGUUCAGAAGAUUACUCUGAGACACUUGGAUUGGAUUCAAACAAACAUGAAGAAACAACGUCCACGAGUGACAUGUCAGCAGGCGUUUUAGACACCAGAGAGGAAGAGAAGAGUGUCCUUGAUCCGCUGUCUGCAGAUGCAUACGUUGAUGAUGAAGACAAGUUUGAAACUCAUGAUGAACAUGAGCACGUAAGACCCCUGGAAAAGGUUGAGACAUUUGAUGAGAUUCAUGCACCAUCUUCACCACCAAUUUCUUCAGUUAAAAUGUGCCAAGACAAUGCCACUGAUGUGCCAGGAAAGUCAAGCCCUGUGUCUGUUCUUGAGCCUUUCUUUACAGAUGAUGACACAAGUCCAAAUAGCUCCAGGUUCUCUUCAGUUGAAAUGAGGUUGAAACCUCUGUGCAUAAGAUUCGAAGAACCUGAUUCUCCAAGACUAGAGAAACAAAACAAUGCCAAAACUAGAAUGGAUGACAAGGAACUGGCACUUGCAUACAUUCAAGACGUGGUGACAUCCUCAGAGUUAAACUGGGAAGAGCUUUUAGCCAGAUCUUUUUACUCGGAGCAGGUUCUUGAGCAGGCUCUAAUGGAUGAGAUAGAGUUUUGCUCUACAAACUUCUGCAAUGAUAAGGAACUCCUCUUUGAUUGUAUCAAUGAAGUUCUUAUGGAGUUCUGUAGACAUGGCCCUUGGAUCUCAUUCUCCAAACCAGCAGACAUGGAGAAUGCUGUUGAAGUGGUGCAAGAAGAGGUUUACUGGCAUCUCUUACCUUUGCCUUCUCCUCACACGUUAGACCAGAUAGUGCGCAAAGACCUGGCUAGGAGUGGGUACUGGAUGGAUCUCAGCUUUGAUAUCGGCUGCAUCGGUUCUCAAACAGGUGAAAUGAUCCUUGAUGAACUAUUAGAUGAGAUAAUCAGCAGCUUCACAGACUUGUUCUAGUCAACAAAACCACAAUGCACAAACUUGUGCUUACAAGAAAGACAAGCAUGAUCCAUCAAGAGGCUCCUUUUGUUUACUAUGUACAGUUUCACUUUCACUUCCAUAGUUUUUUUUGCUGUGCAGAUACACACAGUCACAGAUUUUAAUACCCCAAAGACUGUAAAACUCUUUUCUUUCUUCAUUUGGUUUCUGUAGA